CGGAAGUUCCGAAUCACCAGUACUAGAGGGUGCAGCAAGUGCUUCCUGGAUCGCCACGGAGGUCACGAGUAAUGUGACAGCGACUUGACAGGCAGCUUCAGAGAAGCGACUGAACUGCGGGAACACCCGGGCAGGUCUUCCCAGGCUGGAGCGCGCGUUGCGUCUGCAGAGGUCGCCCCUUCUCUCAGCUCCGGGACAGGGAGUGGAGACUGAUUCUGCGAGAGAAAGGGGUUCAUCAUGGCGGAUGAUCUAAAGCGAUUCCUAUACAAAAAGUUGCCAAGCGUUGAAGGGCUCCAUGCAAUCGUUGUGUCAGAUAGAGACGGGGUGCCUGUUAUUAAAGUGGCUAACGACAGUGCUCCAGAGCACGCCCUGAGGCCUGGCUUCUUGUCCACUUUCGCCCUCGCAACAGACCAAGGCAGCAAACUCGGACUUUCAAAAAAUAAAAGCAUCAUCUGCUACUAUAAUACCUAUCAGGUGGUUCAAUUCAAUCGUUUGCCUCUGGUGGUGAGUUUUAUAGCCAGCAGCAAUGCCAACACAGGACUAAUUGUCAGCCUAGAAAAGGAGCUCGCUCCCUUAUUUGAAGAACUGAUAAAAGUUGUGGAAGUGUCUUAAUCCAGCAGUGGCUCUGGUGCGUGCCUCGGCCUCCCUGCAGCAACCCUGGACCAGGCCAGCAACCUUCAGACCACACUCGUACUUGUAUCCAUGUAUUCAAAGGGCCGCCUUUCCACCUUACACUAAAGAAGAGCCUACCACUAUAAUUUAUAGACAGAUCAAUUGUUCUAUUUAUGUGUAUAAAGUCUUUUCUUCCUCAGUGAGAUCUGGGAACGCCACAGAAAUGGUUCAUUCUAUUGCAGCUCCCAUGGAGUUAGUGCGGGCGCCUGAGAGUGAGCGGCCCCUGUCCAGCACAUCAGGGUGGGAUGGUAUGGUGAGGCCGGAGCCCGCAAGCACACCUGAACUCUGCUCCACUCCAUAAGCCGUAGACCUUUACCGAGAUUGUAAUGAGGUUGUUUUCUUAUUAAGGUUAUAUUGUAUUUCUUCUCACUGUGAGGAAGAUGAAAUGGCUCAGUAAAAAUAAUCAAGUACAAUCGCUAACGCCCCUCUGCUCUCAGUGUGGUGAGUGUUACUAAUGGACUGGAUUCUUCAGGGUGCCGCUCCUCAGUGAGAAUGAAAUCACUACUUAGACUCUUCUGCUUCCUCUGUAACCGUGCUUCCAUGAUUAUGUUCUUUGUACGGUUGAAAUGCAUGACACUGAAUUGUUUCCAUUAUCAGUAUGUAUAUAAAAAUGACAGGAUAGCCAUUUUUAUACAUGAGUAUAAAUAAAAUAGUAUUUUUAAAAGUA